UGUCGACAACGACACGUCUCCGGCGAGCGCCGUUGCGCUGCCGCUCCAGCUUUAAAACAGGACGAUCCAUCUCCGUCCAUCGUCACCCUGCUUUGGCCAUGGCGGCAGAAUAAGCCAUGCACAAGUGAGUGGCUCUUCAACUGUAAUCUUCAACUUGUUCUGCAGAACAGCUCCGAUCUUAAAUAUCUGAAAGUCACUUGAGCCAUCUCCACUGUAUCUUAAGCACAAGCCAUUCUACAUUUCCAAGUGACUAUGAAAGGAGGGAUGCUACCAAUUUUCCUGAUGCUGCACUUGGUACUACCAUGGCUCUGCCUUGCAUCACCGGCUUUAGCAUCUGAAAAUGGCGAUGCAGUAGUAGCUCUCAAAGACUACCCACAAGUGAAGUUCAGCACCGCUUCGGCGACACCCGAGACGUACCGGAGCUUCAUCGCCUCCGUUCGUGCUGCUCUGGUGAGCAAAUCAAAGGGGAACAAGAGCAAUGGGAUCCCAGUGCUCCUCAGCGAAGACGAUCCCCUUGCGCUCCAAACAUUUCUGAACAUUACUCUGACUAACACGGCAGGGCAUUCUGUAAGCCUGAAAAUGGACGUCACCGGAGCCUAUUUCUCAGCUUACGACGCAUUGAAGUACUCGUGCCUGCUCAAAAGAUCAGGCCGCACAUUCUCGUCAGCAAUCUGCUACAAUGACCCAUGGUCAUCAGGUUCAGUUGGUAAUAAGCUGCUGCAAUCCAGCAGCAGCGAUAGCCUUCCUGCAGCUGCAGGUGGUGUCGCCAGCGACGACCUUGAAGCCGCAACAUGGCGAGCUAAGGAUCUGGACGAUGCCGUCUCGUCCCUCUUCCUGUUUGCCACCGGCAAGGCCACGAAAGAAGACUUGAGCCGCGGCGUCGCCACCUGCGACAUGAUGAUCGCCGGCGCGGCGAUGUCCCCGUACGUCGAGCGGCGGAUGAGCGCCGGCGUGCGGAGCAGCAACGGCGUGCCCGACGACCCGAGCCUGCACGGCCUCCAGGCGCGCUGGCCGGCGCUCUCCGCCGCGGUCCAAGGGUCUCACCAAGGCGUCUUCGCGGCCCCGGUCAGCGUCCAGCUACGAGACGGCAAUUGGAUGCCAGUGGACAACGUGCGCAGGGUCGUCCCCCUCCUGUCCUUCCUGCUCCACGACAGCUGCAAGAAGGCUUCUUCCCCCAAGCCGGUCAUCAGGUCCGUCGCGCAAGAGCCGGACAUGGGCGGCGGCGGCGCUCCGGCGUGCGCCGAGGCCGAGCCGACGGUGCGCAUCGCCGGAACGGAGGGGAGGUGCGUCACCGUGCCCAACGGCUGGUACUACAACGGGAACCAGGUGCAGGUGUGGCCCUGCAAGUCCAACGGCGACGCGGACCAGCUCUGGACCUUCAAGCGGGACGGCACCGUUCGGUCCAACGGGAUGUGCCUGACCAGCACGGGGACCUCGCCGGGAGACAAGGUCGUGGUCUGGGACUGCCCGCGCGCCCCGACCGACGGCGUCGUCUGGGAGGCGCGGGUCGACGGCGCGAUCGCGCUGCGGGCGUCCGGCUCCAGCGGCCUGGUGCUGGCGGCGGCGGCGUCGACGAUCUUCACGGGCCUCACGGUGCAGCGGGACGACCGCAGCAGCGUCCAGUCGUGGACGCCCACCAACUACACGGCGCCCCUGGCGACCGCCGUCGUCGGGCCCGGCGACCUCUGCCUGCAGGCGGCGAGCGGGAUCAGGGGCCCGGCCUCCGUCGCGGCCUGCCACGACGGCGCGUGGUGGUUCCUCUACCCCGACGGCUCCGUCCGCUCCCGCACGCGGUUCUUCCUCCGGCAGUGGUGGUGCCUCACCGCCGACGCCGCGGGGAGGGCGGUGGUGAGCUUCUGCGCGACGGCCGGCUCGCCCCGCCAGCGGUGGGCGUUCCGCAACGACGGCAGCGUCCUGAACGCCGGCGCCGGGAGCGUCCUGGACGUGAGGGCGUCCGGUGGCGGUGGCCAGAGCGGCGGCUGGGAGGUCGUCGUGUCGCCGGCCACGGGGAGUCCCACACAGGAGUGGGCGAUCAUGCUGUGAUCUGAUCGACCGACCCAUCGAGAUGGAUGCUGUGAUCAUGAUGUGAUCUGCUGAUCCAUCGAUGAUCACCAAUAAUGCGUGCUAGAAGACUAGUGUGUUUUGUACUCUAUGUCGGGAGUUGGGUUGGGAACUCUAAGCAUGCAGCAAGCUAGCUGAAGCUAGUUCUGUACAAUAAUGCAGGCAUGCCUGCUACCAGUAUCUAAGACUUGAACAAAGUCUAGCUAUGUGUGCAGAGCGGAACGCUCUCCAUUACCCAA